AUGAAUAAUACCUCUGGUAUGUUAAAAGAGUUGUAUAAUAAACAGGUCCAAAAAAAGCUUCAGCGUAUUGUUCAAAAUGAAUAUAUUUUUAAACCUCCUUGUGCAGAAGCUUUACCAAGAAUUGUGGUUUUAGAUGGCUGCAAUAUUGCUCGUGGAUCAUGUGGACCACAAAGAGAAUAUUUUAAUUGUGCUGGUCUUCUUGCGGCUAUCAGAUAUUUUUUGAUCCGCAAUAUAGAUGUUAUGAUUUUUAUGCCGGUUAUAUACUUAAAUAAUGAUAAUCCUUUUAUUGCCGAUUCUCAUUUGUUGUUAGAGUUAAAAAAAUUUGACAUUAUUACCUUUACUCCUGCUCGUGCUUCUCAUCGUGGACGACCGGCAUUUUUAAAUUAUGAUGAUUUGUAUGUUCUUCAUGCUGCGAAACGUUUUGGAGGAGUUAUCGUGUCAAAUGAUAGGUAUUCAGAUAUCUUAAAGCGUCAUCAAUAUCAACAAUACCAUCAUAUUAUUACACAUCAAAGAUUGGAUAUUCAAUUUAUUCCUGUUGGUAAGAGUAUUGUUAAAUUUGGAAAAGAUAUAUUUUAUAAAUGUCUACCUAAUAUUGAAUUUUCAACAACUUUACAAGAUUCUUCUUCAAUAAUUAGUCAAAAAUCUCUUUUUUGUAUGCCAUUUAAUGAUGAUUAUGAAAAAGUUGCCUUUCGUGGAAGACAUUGGUCAAAAAGUAGAAGAUUAGAAAUUAUACGUGCAAUUGAUACUUUACUUCACAAUUUAGAAAGCAAAUGUUGUAUUUAUGAUUACACAAGUCAUGUUGCAACAUUAAGCCCCCUGUUAAAUGUUCAAUUUGCAAACUAUUUUCCAACAUAUGAUAAGACCAAAAAAAACAAAAAUGUUAAUACAUUACAUUUCAGUGAAACACUGAGUAAUUACUCAACUUUAGAUAAAAGUACAGAAGAUAACUAUACUCUCACACCACGUGAAUUACAAGUUAUGGCAUUCAAAGAUUCUUUUGAAAGAUUUUCUGAACAAAUAAAAAAAAAGAAUCCAAAUAACAAAUUAUUAACUGGUUAA